UGAACAUCAAUAGCAAUCGCACAUUCGUCCACGCUUUCGCCUUUACUUUCUCUGCUCUCUUGUGUUGUUGGGUACCCAAUACUUCAUCUGCCGCUGACCGCGCCAUCGCGCCGUAUUCGUACAAUAAAUCCAGAGUUUGUGAACGCAAUCGCCAGCCAAUGUUUGCUUCAGGCUCCUGGCUAUAAACGCUUCUGCCCAAGAAAUCACGAGAAGAUGGAAAAGUAGAUCCAAGUUUCUCCUAAGCAAUGACUCGAAUCAACGAUGCUUCAGAUGAGAAAGCAAGAAUCGCAGUAGAGUUUAGCAAACAGUCGGAGAGACUCGGCCUAGUCAAACAGAAGCAUGCAUACGAAUCUACUGGAAGACUCGCCGCACAAGCCAAUUUCGUAACAGCCCAGGAUCCUAUCAUUCAGACACGAAAUGGUGGGCGCUUACCUGCUGUGCCACUUGACGAGGCGCUUAAGCUGAACAGGCUGAGGGAUGAGUUGGAGGGUAAUAAUUCCAAUGACAGCAGGCCCGCGGUUUUUGCGACAAGGGAAGGACUAGACGGCACUAUUCACGGCAUUGAGCCUCCACAGGAGCUGGAAGAACAACAGUCUUCCAAAGCUGAUGCUCCUUUGGAAAGGGCCAUACCACCGACGAAAACAAACCCUUUGUUUCCCCCUUUGCCCAUGUAUGGUCCACCAUCAUUUUUGCGUGAUCUACAGGCGCUUUCGUUCCGAGUGUCAUCUACGAUCUUGUCAUUUCUAUUCCUCCUCGUGAUUGUUCUAGGGGCAUUCUUCACCAGUGUACCUGAACUACAUAGGCGUAUUAGCCUUAAAGCAAAGCUAAGCGAUUCAACUAAACCGCGACCAUUCUACGAUGAAGAGUUAAGGCAAGAGAAAUUGAGAAAUGAAGCAAAAGAAGCUUGGACGAGACGGAAGGAGAAAGCGGGGGGUGUAUCAAUGCAAAAAACUAGUGAUACGGAGGCCGAGUUCAUACCUACAGAAGGAGGUCCGGACCAAUUGCUCUGCGAUGUAGGGUACUACGCCCGGCGCUGUGGCUUGGAUUGCGAGACAUUUGACGUUCCGACGGAAGACGGCUUUAUCAUUGAGCUAUGGCACAUAUAUAAUCCGCGAACAGACAAGCCACGCCAGACGGACGGCGACGCAAUUCGAUGCCCGGAUCAUUUUCAGCAUGAUUCUGUCAAGUCUGCCGUGAACGAGAAGAUGCGCAAAUAUCCAGUCCUCUUCAUUCACGGCUUGCUGCAAUCAUCAGGGGCAUUUUGCUGUUCGGAUGACAACUCUCUCGCCUUUUAUCUUGCGAAAUCUGGUUUGGACGUCUGGCUAGGAAACAACAGAUGUGGCUUCAAGCCUCGUCACACAAUGCUCGAUGACAAAGACCCCCGAAUGUGGUGUUGGAACAUUCGACAAAUGGGGGUUCUAGAUCUACCUGCGCUCAUGUCGCGUGUCCUACAAGAAACCAGCUUCGAAAAGUUGGCGCUUAUCGCUCACUCCCAAGGUACAACACAGACCCUCGUCGCCUUGGCCAAAGAGCAGCGCCCCGAUAUUGGCGACAAAAUCAGUGUCGUGUGCCUUCUCGCUCCUGCGGCGUAUGCUGGUCCUCUGGUUGACAAGAUUUAUCUCAAGUUCAUGCGUGUCAUCUCUCAUGGCAUGUUCCGCGCAAUCUUUGGUAUCCACGCAUUUAUUCCGUUCAUGAUGACAAUGCACCGCCUGCUACCACCUCGAUUCUACGGCUUCAUGGGUUACCGUGUGUUCAGUUUCCUGUUUAAUUGGACAGACGAGCGGUGGGACCGUGCUCUUAGAAAUCGCUAUUUUCAAUUUGCUCCUGUAUAUGUAAGCGCGGAGAGUAUGCGCUGGUGGCUGGGCAGAGAAUGCUUUGCCAGGCAAAGAUGUAUCCUGAGCACAAAAAGUGAGCUGGAUAUUGAAGACAGGGAAGACUCUCAGAACUUUUCCCCGCACACGGCUCAUGAUGAGGAUUCUCCUCAGCGGUCACCACAUCGGGCUGAAGAUCGAGGGCGUUAUGCAUGGUAUGAUGAGCACGUUCCACCAUUUGCCAUAUGGGUUGCUGGGAAUGAUGAUCUCGUCGAUGGAAGGCGUCUGCUGCGUCGGUUCAAGCAGGGGAGAGAACCACAUGUGAGGGUUGUGCACGAGAGGAUUAUUCCUGAGUAUGAGCAUUUAGAUGUGAUCUGGGCAAUGGACGUCAUCGAGCAGGUAGGAUCGGAUUUAUUAGCAACUAUAUGGAAGACGGUACCGCAGAAGUAUAGAGACCAAGUCCGUGUGCCUAAAGGUUGUGAAGGACUUCAGUUUCUGGUGGACUUGUGAGUCGGAUACUCAACGAUGUCU